GUAAAUAUUAAUGUGCAAAAUGGUAUUCUCCUUAAAAAAUCUUUAAUUGAAGAAGUAAGGGAACACUUGCAAAUAUUUCCUGUUAUUUAACGGAUUUAAUAAUGGUUUUAAGACCAUGUCAAGCUGUCCAAAAAUUAAAAGUAUAAAAUUGGGCAAUGCCCCCAGAGAACUAUCACUGUCACAACAGAGUAAUCAAGAUGAAGUUCAUCGCUAUCCUUUUCCUCCUGUGCACCAUUGUUGGAUUUGCUGCAGCGUCCACUGGCACGACAACCACUACGGAAGCCUUAUCUAGUACUUCUACUACAGCUUCGUCGGCCCCAUCGCCAGUUCCGUGCGGAAAUGGGCCCCAAGGACCUUGUGGCAAAAAACUAUACUUUUUCUACUAA